AUAACAAACAUUGUGAUACAUAACCUAUAAGAUUCGUAACACGUGUGUACUACUGUCAAAACAAAUGAAUUUAUUCGUGAUAAACAGAUACGAGGGUGAACAAGAGAAUGAAAAUAAAAAUGAGAAGAAACAUUUAUCGGAUUUGCUGAAGCGAAUAGAGGAGCGCAAGCUACAAAGGGCCGCUGAGAAUUCUUCAGAAGUUAAGAAAUCGAAGAAAAAACGAAACAAAUUAGAAAAUGACAACCUUGAUACUGAACCUGAGCAAAAUGAUUCCGUCCAAAAAAGCACCACACAGAAUGAUGUUGAACAACUUGAAACAGAGAUCGAGCAUCAGCAAAAGAAGUCCAAAAGAAAGAAAAAGAAGAAACAUGAUGUUGAAGAGAAUGAAAUCAAUGAAAGCCAGGACAAAGGUAUGCAGAAUGAAAGCAUAGGCGAUCAAAUUAAUGAAACAUCUCAAGAACAGGGAUUGGUGCAGCAAAAAGACUUUGUAGUCCUGGGCGCAAAGGCUAAGAGAAAGAAGCUUGAAGUGAAAAGAGUAUUGCCAGACUGGUUAGCUAAUCCAGAAGUUGUGUCAAUGGAUUUAAAUAGUGGACCAAGUUUAGAGGAAUUUAGUACAGUUUUAGAUUCUAAGCUAGUUGAAGUUUUGAGAAGCAACGGUAUUGAGAAAUUAUUUCCUGUUCAAUCAUCUGUGCUUUCUUGGCUGUUAAAAUGUAAUGAAGACAGGAAGCUGGGAUGGUGGUUGCGCGAUACAUGUGUGUCUGCUCCUACUGGCAGCGGUAAAACUCUAGCAUAUAUUUUACCAAUUGUACAAAUACUACAAUCUCGAUUAGUCCCGAAGAUUCGUUGCUUAAUUGUUGUACCAUCGCAAGAAUUGGCUGCACAGGUUUACAAAGUGGCAGUUACAUAUACAUCCCACACGAGUCUGAAUGUUAUCCUGCUUUCUGGUGCAGCAUCAUUUCAGCAGGAACAGGGUAGUAUUCUUAAGAAAACUUGCAGAGGAGAAUACAUAUCUGCAGUAGACAUAGUUAUUGCUACACCUGGUCGUUUAAUAGAUCAUAUAUUAAAGACACCAGGAUUUUCCUUGACUGAACUCAGAUUUCUUGUUAUUGAUGAGGCAGACAGAUCUGCAGAUUGGCUGGAACAUCUUCCUGAACAUCAUCAUGUUCCAAGAUUUAAUCUGCACAAUCUACAUAACUGCAAGAUUCCAGCCCAAAAAUUAUUAUUUAGUGCUACGCUGUCUCAAGACCCCGAAAAACUGAAUCGCUUAGGCCUUUUCCAGCCAAUUCUGUUUACAUCUGUCUUGGUAUCAGACAAAGACGAGGAUGUAAAUCUGGACAAGGUAGUAGGUGACUUCAUAGGCCGCUACACGAGCCCUGAAGAGCUCACAGAGCUCGCAGUAGAGUGUGCUGCGGAGUACAAGCCGGUGGCAGUGUACGAAAUUCUACUUAGGGACGACGCAGUCCCGAAAACUCUUAUUUUCACGAACUCUGGAGACACUGCACACCGGCUAACGGUCUUGCUACAGUCAUUUUUGUUAGAAAAAAGCAUAAAAGUCGGCGAGUUAUCUUCACAGCUGAUGCCGAGGCAACGAGAAGCUAUGCUUGAAAAAUUUACCAGCGGAGAUAUUCAAGUGCUCGUGAGCUCUGAUGCCCUAGCAAGAGGUGUGGACAUUCCAGACGUGCAAUUGGUUGUGUCUUAUGAUCUUCCUAAGCAUAUCAAAGGGUAUAUUCAUAGAGCGGGACGAACAGGGCGUGCAGGCAAGCUCGGCACAGCUAUAUCAAUUCUGACAGAGAAACAAGUGGGAAUUUUCAAGCACAUGUUGACCAAUGCUCAUAAAGCGGUGCCGAACGUUGAGAAACUGGAAUUAGACUCUACCGUGAAUGCAAUAGGCUAUUCAGAUCACGUAGAGAAAUUAAAAGAGGAGCUGGAUAAGGAAAAACAUAGUAAUUUGCAACGCAUAAAAGCUACUAAGCGUGUCCACUUUACAAUUGCGCGGUGAAGCAAGUUGUUCCUGUUCUAUUAAUAAAUUAAUGUGCAUUUUA